AUGAGAAACGCCACUUUUAAUAAUUCUGGCACCUUCCAUUUGAAGACGAACGUCCUCAAUGCAAUUGCUGGUCAAGCAGACGAGGAAACAGUUACCGAUCAUAAUUUUCGUACAAAUCUGUCAUCAUAUUCCAAUGGCAAUGUGUAUUCUAACAUCUCGUUUGAUAUGCCUCUUUACGAGCUUAAGAAUCCUGCUAUUGGAGUUCUACUAGCAUCCUUCAGUUUAAUCGUCGUUGUGGGUAACGUCAUGGUUAUCAUCGCUGUGGCCAGAGAGAUGUACCUUCGAACAGUCACCAACUACUUCAUAGUUUCCCUGGCUAUCGCUGAUGUCAUGGUCGGAGGUGUGGUCAUGCCGUUCAGUAUCAGCAAUGAGCUCACCAGUUCCGUUUGGCUGUACGGUCAGGCAUGGUGCGAUCUUUGGAGGUCUCUGGAUGUCCUAGCCUCUACAGCAUCAAUUCUAAAUCUGUGUGUUAUCUCCCUAGACCGUUACUGGGCAAUCACCGACCCUAUAGCAUACCCGAGUAAACUUUCCAACAGCAAAGUGUCAGUUCUCAUCGCUUUAGUCUGGCUCUGCUCGGCUGGUAUAUCCUUUCCAGCCAUUGCUUGGUGGAAAGCUGUGACGCCUGUAGACUAUUCCAUUAAUCAGUGUUUAUUCACAGAGGACAGCGCUUAUCUGAUCAUAUCAUCAGUCGUGUCAUUUUAUAUUCCAACAAUCAUCAUGAUGUUCGUCUAUGCUAAGAUAUACAGAGCUGCCAGGGCUCAAUCAGAGGGUAUUAAAAGCGGAAGUAAAAUAACAUCUGACUGCCCACGUGGUCACAACGGAGAGGUCAUGACCUUACGGAUACACAGAGGUGGGUAUCGAUUGCGAAAUGAUUGUAACCCUGUUGCUGGUGCAUUUGAUCCUCGCACCAAUGACAGUGAAGAUGACAUUUCUGUUCACUCAACACGACAUCAUAUAUGUCAUGGCGACCACCAUGAGCGCCCUACAACCUUCAUUACCAAAAAGAUUCGCCAUUUUGCAAUCAGUAAGAAAAUUACGAAGCUUGCCAGGGAGCAGAAAGCUGCUAAAACACUAGGCAUUGUAGUUGGAGUGUUUAUAAUCUGCUGGGUGCCGUUUUUCUGUGCUAACAUUCUCUAUGGUAUAUGUCACGAAGAGUGUGUUUACAGACCCAACAUUCUCUUUCCGGUGUUUACGUGGCUAGGCUACCUAAACUCUGGAAUGAACCCUAUUAUUUACGCUUUGUCAAUGAAAGACUUCCGUCGGGCCUUUAGUAAAAUGAUAUUCUGUUGUCCACGUUAUAGAUACAGCCACGUUAAAAGACACCCCUUCAGCCAGGCUAACAGUCACUCCACCUCCAGUUUCACUGCUACAUGCGGGGAUCGCUGUGUGACAUUACGGAUUUGA